AGGGGCGGUGAGUGCAGGUCGGAUUUCCUCGGAGGCUGCCGAGCGGCGGAGCUCCCACCUUCCCUCAGAGCUCGCUGCGGCCGCCCUGCCCCGCGCCCUCAGGAGACCGGGACCGGACCAUGAUGUGGACACGCUGGCUCGCGCUCGCGCUGGUGGCGGUCGCCUGGGUCCACGCCGAGGAAGAACUAAGGAGCAAAUCCAAGAUCUGUGCCAAUGUGUUUUGUGGAGCUGGCCGGGAAUGUGCAGUCACAGAGAAGGGAGAGCCCACCUGCCUCUGCAUUGAGCAAUGCAAACCUCACAAGAGGCCUGUGUGCGGCAGCAACGGCAAGACCUACCUCAACCACUGUGAGCUGCAUCGAGACGCCUGCCUCACUGGGUCCAAAAUCCAGGUGGAUUACGAUGGACACUGCAAAGAGAAGAAAUCCGUAAGUCCAUCUGCCAGCCCAGUCGUUUGCUAUCAGUCCAACCGUGAUGAGCUCCGGCGUCGCAUCAUCCAGUGGCUGGAAGCAGAGAUUAUUCCAGAUGGCUGGUUCUCUAAAGGCAGCAACUACAGUGAAAUCCUAGACAAGUACUUUAAGAACGUCGAUAAUGGUGACUCUCGCUUGGACUCUAGCGAAUUACUGAAAUUUGUGGAGCAGAAUGAAACUGCCAUCAACAUCACCACAUAUGCAGACCAGGAGAACAACAAACUGCUUAGAGGACUCUGUGUUGAUGCUCUCAUCGAACUGUCUGAUGAAAAUGCUGACUGGAAACUCAGCUUCCAAGAGUUCCUCAAGUGCCUCAACCCGACCUUCAAUCCUCCAGAGAAGAAGUGUGCCCUGGAGGAUGAAACCUAUGCAGACGGAGCAGAGACCGAGGUGGACUGUAACCGUUGUGUCUGUGCCUGCGGAAACUGGGUCUGCACAGCCAUGACCUGUGACGGAAAGAACCAGAAGGGGGCCCAGAGCCAGACAGAAGAGGAGAUGACCAGAUAUGUCCAGGAGCUCCAAAAGCACCAGGAAACAGCUGAAAAGACCAAGAAAAUGAGCACCAAAGAGAUCUAAAGAGGUGGCACCUGGGAAGGGUGUCCAGAGCCUGGCACCUUCUCUUCCACUUCCUCGCUGAGUCCAGUAUAUGCAAGUGUCUGCUACAAUCGCCCAAUCACCAGUAUUUGCUUGUAUAGCAAUGAGUUUUUAUUUUGUCUACUUGUUUUGCAAUAAAGGAAAUGGGGGUGGCUGGCUAGGAGGGGCAGGGCCAUAGCCUUCAUUUCUAGGAGUGCUUUGAGAGAAACUGUAAAUGGUGCUCAGGGGCUGGAGACAAGUAAGGAAACUGCAUCAGGGUUGGGAGAGGAGCGGACCCAGAUCUGAACCCCAGUCUGCCACAGCAGUAAACACACUAUGGGGAGUGCAGGCAAUGCUGGCCAGAACUUCAGGCUGCCCCAGAGUGGAGGCAGGGGUGGGGGUGGUUGGAGGCUCAGUGGAGAGGAAGGCAUUCUGCAUCCAGCCCCUCUCUGUCGCCAUCAGCCUAACAGACCUCCAGCAUCUGUGCUUCUCACGGCCCCAACCACUGCCUUUAGAUAACGCAGCCAUCAUUCCAGGUACCCUGUGUCCCUUAGACUUGGGAAUUGGGGGGAGGGGGGAGUACAUGCAAAUGAUGCAGAUAUUUGUCCACUUUGAACCCCUUAGAGACCAAACCAAAUUUUUAAAAUACUAUUUACCAAAGGUGCUAUUUUUCUGUAAUACUUUUGUUGGCAAGUUGACUUCAUUCUUCAGUUAUUAUCAUUAUAUUAUUGUUGUUGUUUAGUAUUUUAUUUUCUUGACUAGAAAUUGAGCUUCUAUAAUUAUUUUUCAGUAGUCUUACCAUUUCAGGGGUGGGACAGUUUGGGGUUCUUUCUGGUGCAGGGACCGCUAUAACCCAGACCCCACCCACCCUGCCACAUAUUAGACGCAGCCCAGAGAUCUGUCUCCCUGGCUUCCAGUGGAUCGGCAGUCUGCCAGUGGGUGCCUCAGACAAGAAGCCAGGGGAAUACGAAGCAUCUCCAUACAAAGUUUUUAAGAUCCAAAAAGCUAGUUUGUUUCCAUUUUAUUCUAAUACAUUCAUGCAAAUCAGCGUUCCAAAGGAUGGAGACAAGUGCAGCCAAGCAAGGCUUAGCCUAUCAAUAUGCUCUUUGAUCUACCACUAGCUAGGAGGGGGACUUUGGCCCAGUCUCUUCCUAUUUUGGAGCCUCAGUUUCCUCAGUGAACAAGUAGGAUUAACCUUUCAAUCUGAUAAAUUAUAAAUUCUGUGGUUCUGAUAAUUGGUCCAGAAGGAUACAGGUUCCUAUGAUUUCCCUUCUCCAUAGGAUAAAUGAAGCUUUACUAUUAAAACAAAAGGGACUGACAGCUAAAAACAAGAUGACCAAAUAUGACCUCUGUCUCAGAGGCUGUGCUAUGAUGUAGAGCUCUCUCGGGUAAAGUCUAUCCGGGAAGAGAAUGGGAAA